UUACGGCUAUACCUUGAUAAAUUAUCACUAUCUAGUAUCUACGGUCAUCAUUCAAUUAUUCUAAACUAGUUGUGUACAUAUCUCGUCUUAGGUUUAAAGAUUUUUGAUAUAGUUCAGAUAAAAUAUUUUUUGUUAAAAGGAUGCUUGUCCGAGUGUCACUUCGCUGCUUGAAGCUAGCAGAUACACUAACUUCAAUUGGCAAAGCAGGUCUAUUCCGCACAAUGGCUUCAAUGGAACGGAACCACAAUUUCUUCUUUAGACAGCUCUUCGACCAUGAAAGUAGUACCUACACUUACCUUCUAGGUGAUACCACCAAUAAAGAGGCAGUGCUCAUUGAUCCUGUAUAUGAACAUGCUGAGAGAGACGCCAAUCUUAUCAAGGAGUUGGGAUUCAAACUUGUCUAUGCCAUGAACACACACAUGCAUGCUGAUCAUAUAACUGGUACGGGCAAGCUCAAAUCGCUCCUUCCCGGGACUAAAAGUGUGAUUGGCAAAGGAUCUGGCGCCCAAGCAGAUAUCUAUUUGAAAGAUGGUGAUGUAGUUCACUUCGGUAGUCAUCAGCUGUGGGCCGCAGCCACACCUGGACAUACGAAUGGCUGUUUCACUUACAUUAGCCAUGAACAGUGUAUGGCCUUCACCGGUGACGCUCUCCUGAUCCGCGGUUGCGGCCGAACGGAUUUCCAAGAAGGCAGCUCGGAAACACUCUAUAAGUCGGUUCACAGUAGAAUAUUCACGUUGCCCGACCAUUUCAUAUUGUACCCGGCGCACGAUUACAAAGGCCUAACGUCGACAACUGUUGGUGAGGAGAAGAAAUACAACCCAAGACUGACGAAGCCGUUAGAAGAGUUUGUUAAAAUCAUGGAAAACCUCAAUUUGCCGUACCCAAAGAAAAUUGAUGAAUCCCUGCCUGCAAACAAAGUCUGUGGUGUUUUCUAAACAAUAUUAAGAUUAAUACAUAUGAAUCCUAAAUUUUUUUUUCAAUAUUAUCUUCUAAAGAAGAAAUCGUGAUCAAUAUGCUGUGAAAACGUAGUUUAACUACUUUAAAUUGUUUAAAAGUUUAUUAGAUUCCUAUGUUUAUUUUAUAUUGUUCAUUGUAUAGUAGCUCAAAUUAGCAAUAAGUGUAAUCACAAAGCAACAUUGUUUUAAUUAUUUUUUAAUAGAAAUACUUAUCAAUAAUGUAUGUUUGAAUAAAUGUAUUCAGUUAAUGUUGUAUUAUUAUGAUUACUUCAAAAUCAAUAUUACAUUGCAUCACAUGGUUUCAGCGACUCUCAUCCUUGAGGUCGUAGGUUUGAUCCCCGGGUGUGCACCAAUAGACUUUUUAUGUCUGACAUGUAUCAAGUAUAAGACUGAUCACCUUCUUCUUCCUACUAUUCUAUUAAAUAAAAAUGAGCGGAUGCAAACUAACACCACGGAAUUAUUAAUAUUAAUAACAGUUAAUUUUAUUAAGUGACUAAAUAAAUAAAUAAAAGAUUAAGAGAUGAAGAACUCUUUAUUAAUAACUAAUUCGAUCUUGUUGUGUUCUAAAAUGUUUUUUGUUUAAUGUUGUUUACGCUUUGAUGUAGAGACGAUGAGUGCUUAGAUAAAGCAGACCUAAUCACCUAGAUGGCGCUUUCUUAAAAUAAUUUUGUUAUUGUUGUUUGUAUUAACUUUUUCAAUUUGAAUUCUCAUAUAGAAAUUUUUGUAAUGCAGUAGGAGAGUUGUAAAUUAAAGGAUUUCAGGAAGAAAAUAAAGAUGAACUCUUCAAUAACCCCUUAAUGCUAUCUUAGUUAUAAAUAAAUAAAGCCAGUUUUUACCAAG